CUGUCCGCUGCUGCCUGCUGCUUCUGCUGCUGCUGCUGCAGGCACCGACACGUCUGGCUCUCCCCGAUCUCCGUGCGCUGGCUCUCGCUCUGGCUCUCCCUCGACCAUGUCCACUCCCCACGCCCACGCCCACGUCCCCUCCCCACCCUCAUCGUCAUCCAAUCACGCUCAAAUCUCCUCCCCCACAUCCCUCAGCACACCAUCAUCAUCCUCGCCCUCACAGCAUCCACAGACACAGACACAGUCACGCAGCGCCGAGUCGAAUCAAGACGAAAGAUCCAAUCGUAUCCUCCUCUUCUCCUUUGCGCCCGUCUUGAACAGUGCGCACGCACGCGCACGCGCACGCACGAGCACCAGCACCGAUGAUCGUCGUUGUAUUGCUCAGCUGAAAGCUGUCGCCAAUUCCAUCAUUUACGCUCCAGCGCUUCAUCAAGGACUAUGCAGCGCAGACGUGCACGCACACGCAGCACCUCCAGUCGGCCACGGCACGGCCCCCUCACUCUUCACCACAACGCACAGCCUCACGCGCGAGCUACUAGAGGAGGCAAAGAAGGAGGGGGAGGGGGAUGAUGAAGUAGCGUGGGACAUCCGGAACAGGUACUACGCAGCCCGCGUACACUUCGCCGCAAGACACGCCACAUUCCCGCCUCCCAGCAGCGGCCAUGCAGACCUCAGCACAAGCAUCGCAUCCUCCUCUUCGCCUUUGCUCUCGCCGCCCUCGCUCUCAAAGCUGCUCCCUCGAGCCGCCUUGUCUGGCAAGGAUGAAGCAAGCUCUGACUCGAGCAGCAGCAACGAGCAAAUCAUCCCUUUCGCAUCAGCCAACAAAACGUCCAGGCAGAGACGAGGGAGCGAAAGCGUGAAGCAGGAGGAGCAGGAGGAGGAGGAACGAUUGCGCGCGGCUACGAAGGAUGUGUUUGCUGCGCUAGAGGAACCAAAGCGCGCUGCUGCUGCUGCUGGCCGCACCGUUCCCACUGCCUCCAACGCUCCCUCUGCUCGAGCUCGAGCUCGAGCUGCUGCAAGGGCAAGCCGGUUGUCGCGGGUGGAUACAAAGUCUUUACGAUUCGAACUGCGAGGUGUGCAAGCGAUCAUCUUGGUGCUGGACGAAGAUCUGGUGAGUUUUUUGCGCGGCGGCAAGCGAGCAAAAGAAGGGGGAUGGGGGGGGAAACCUCCCUCUUCUCCCUCUUGCGCUAGCUUAGCAAGGUGAGCAUAGGGCUGAUCAUGAGUGAGCGCAUGCGCAUACACAGCCUCUCGAGACGCACGAGGAGAUUGUGCAGCUCUGCGAUCCAUCCAGCCAUACCGACAACGACACCGACACCAGCGCGGAUGAGCACGCACGCGCGCGCGCGCGCGCCCACGCACCAACAACACGUUUGCUAG